AUUUUGUUCAAGCUGGGCUGAAGCGUGUUUUGGUACACUUUCUUUCAACGUGUGAUACAUUGUUUGAUCAUGAUGUUGCAAAUUGUUUAGCUACACUGUGCUCUGCUGAACGUCACUCUAGGUCAAGUAUAGAUAAGGUGUAACCUACUGAACACUGGUGAGAAAAGAAGAUGAUAGACGUGUUCAAACCAAUAGACAAGAUGUUCGUUGGUUGCGUCAGGAAAAGUUAUGCUAUUCGGUUGGAUUUACGUUUUUAGGGCGGGUUUAGUUUUCGGAUACGGAAGAGGAAGGAGCUAUGUUUUGAAAGCAUUGUCAGAAGUUUAGAAAGUUACGAAAAAGGGACUUGUUGAAAUAACUUUACAUGACAUUAUUUACAUAGGGCAGUGAUACUAUUAAAAUACAUCCUAAUUCUAUUUUAACAACGUGCGUGUCACUAAUUGAAGGAAGGCAGUUUGGGAGAGGAAACUAACUUCGCUACGUUGAUAUCUAGCGUGUGCUUGCUUUGACAACUAGUUCAACGUUUUUGAGUUGUAUUACUUUACUUUUACCAAGAUGGACAUACAACACCGGCAGCGUCCGGUCAAACUGGACCAGAGUUUUUGGGACAACCGAAGACUGUGGACCGCAAGGAUUUUCUCCAUGCUCUGCUGUGCAAUGGUGAUGUCGGUCGUUGCAGUAUUCUGCGCCUUUGUUUACCUCAUCUUGAAAGAGAUGCAGAAUGAGAGAGUGAUUGGAGAGGAUGGCUCAGAGGUUAGACUCCUAGGGUUCUGGAGUGUUCUGGUCAUGUCGGUGCUAGCAGGGUUCUGCUGCUGUAGCUUCACAUGGACCAUCACCUACUUUGACUCUUUUGAGCCCGGCACGUUCCCCCCAACCCCCCUGUCCCCUGGCCACCUCAGGCAGGUGACAGGUCACUCCUUCCACAUGAGCUACAGUGUGGCGGUCCUAAAUGGCAUUGUAGCGGCGAUCACCAUCAUCUGGAGCCUUACCUGACCUUACCCACAACCCCCUGUUCUACCUGACCUUACCCACAACCCCCUGUUCUACCUGACCUUACCCACAACCCCCUGUUCUACCUGACCUUACCCACAACCCCCUGUUCUACCUGAUCUUAUCCACAACCCCCUGUUCUACCUGACCUUACCCACAACCCCCUGUUCUACCUGACCUUACCCACAACCCCCUGUUUUACCUGACCUUACCCACAACCCCCUGUUCUACCUGACCUUACCCACAACCCCCUGCUCUGACCCACAACCCUCUCACCUUACCCAGAACCCCUUGUUCUACCUGACUUUACACACAAUCUUUCCCAUGUGUAAGUGUACAUAUCAAGAGAAGCAGUAGAACAUGAUGUGAUACUAUGAGACAAUGUGUCCAGUACUAAAGUCAGCAUCUCACUCACUAGCUCCUUGUCAUUUGGUUCUCCAUGCUGUCCUCUUCUUGGCCAAGUCCCAGGCUGAUGAAGUGUUGAGUCCCAGGUUUCUACAAAGUCAGGAUACCUUUUUUAAUGUACUGUAUAUUGUGUUAUAUCUAGCCUAAAGAGGUUUUGUGCCACAUUAGUGCUAUAAAGAGAACAUUUAAAAUAUUAAAUGAGGCUCACACAUUCUAACUCUAUAGUUUAUUGUAAGUCUAAUAUAUAACCUGUAGAGGUAUGUUCCAUGCAGUGUAUCUGUGCAUUUGACUGUUAUUCUCACUGAACCACUGAAUGAUGCUUUCACUGUACCACUGAAUGAUGCUUUCACUGUCUCUCCUUCCCACACUGUCUGUACUACUGAACAGUAAAGAAGCUCUCACCUGCC